UGAGGAUGGGCAGGAUGAGUUUCCAGGACCUGCCAAAACGUGCAACUGUGUACAUAGAUUUGAGAGAUGCUGAGCCACCAAAGCCAGUGACAGUCCCUGAAGAGGAACAAAGUGCAAGUGACAGCUCCUCCUCCUCCUCCUCUGAAGAAGAGGAAGAAGAGACUGUGACAAUUCAGGAUGAAGCAGAAAGGAGAAUGAGGAAUUGCUCAGGGAAGAGCCUGUUACUGCAACGACUCCGAGCAGCCCGUAAGGAGGCCUUGGAGCUUCUUCAUAAAACGUCUGUUCCAGCUGAGAAACUGCAUCCAGAAAGGCUGGAAGACACAGCUUCCUCUAAUAAAAGUCAAAACCAAUCUUGUAAAGUGAGGCAAGAGACAAAUGAGGUGGUUCCCAGGAAACUGAUGAGAUUGGAACCAGGCAAGGAAAGUCCCCCCUUUUCAAGCUGUGGGGGUGAUGGAGCUGACACAGAGAAAGAGAACAAAAUGGAAGCUGAGAAGAUUCCAAGUGCAGGAAAUGCUCCAGUGUGUCCUCUAAUUACAGCAGAAUUGCCAAGGAGAGAAGGAAUUGACAGAGAGCUAUCCCAAAAGGAAGAGGAGAUGAAGGAGAGGCAGAGGAGAUGCAGAUUGCAGGAGCAGCUGGAGCAGUGGCAGCCUCAGCACUCGGUGUGGGGGAAGCAGCCCAUGGCAGAGAACACCCCGCUCCUGUUCCACAGGGAAGCCUCUUUUUUGCCAGCUAUUGCCACGUUGCCUGGAUCCUGCAGUGUGAAAAAGGAGGUGCUGCUGCUGACCAUUUGGCUGGCAAGUUGUGGCCAAGUGGCCACGGAUCAGUGUGAGGGGCAGGUGCCUGACAAGGUGCUGGGAGCAGCCAACAUCUACCAGGCCCUCGUGACGUGGCUGCUGUCCCUGGUGCCUCCUGUGAAGAGGAAGGAUGGUCCCAAAGCUCCAUUUGAGGUGGUGGGGCUGCAGCAGGCCUGGACAGAGGAAGGCUUGGCCCUCUACGCCUGCCUGGUGGCACCAGAGGAACCUUCAGCCCAGAGCUGCCCCCAGAGCCACGAGGCAUCAACUGCAGAACAUCUCCAGGGAACAUCCAGCUUUUACCAGAAGAUUUCUGCAUUUCUGAUGUCUACAUGGCUUCCAGAUCUUAUCUGGUGGAGAGAUGAACUGGCCAGUCGCUUCCAAAACCAGCUGUGCCCCCUUGUUCCUGCAAUUCCCUCUGUCCUGCUCAGUAACAUCAUUACUGUUAAUCCUGACCCUCAGGCUGUGGAGAAGGCGUUUGCAGUGCCAAAGGGAUUUUACUGGCAGACAGUUGAGAGUGAUGACAAACACUUCCCUGACAGCAGUGCCAUGGAGGCUUGCAGGGACACAGACAUCGAGGUUGCCAUGGUGCUGCUGUUUGAGGCUCUCUUCCAAAACCCCCUGGAGACCCAUCACACUCUGAGGCUGCUGCUGGGCUCUGGGCUGGAUGUCUGCGGCCUCCGCCUGCUCUACCCCGGCCAGGAGCUGCUGCUCUCCAGCUCAGAAAAGCUGCCUUCCUCCUACACUUCAGAGCCUGGCAAGGUGCCCCCAGUGCUGGCAUUAGGUGUGAGAGGCCCCAGAGCCCACGGAAUCCUGCAGGACAUCACCCGAGGCUGUGGCAGGGCGGAGCCUGUCGUGUUCCUGCCCCUGGCCAGCCGGGUGCACCGGGAGCUGUGCCUCUGGUUCGGAGGGAGAGCUGCUGGAAUGCUGCCCCUGCCUUCCAGCUCUGAGAGACCUCCCCCAGCUGGGGCAGGAGCAGAUGAAGAAAAAGUUGACCUCCAGGGCUUGGUGCUGCCUCGACCUCCAGCCAUGCUUGUCUCAACUACCAAAGGGCUGAUGGAGGAGCUGGCAGAGGCAGGCCCUGGCAGCGGGCACAGCCUCCCCCCUGCAGCUGCUGGAGAGGAGCCGUCGCUGUGCUUCCAUGGGGCUCCGUACGCCGCGGCGGCGCUGCACAGCCUGGGAGGAAACCUCAGCGUGGUGCCAGAGCCCCAUCCCAUCCCUCUGGAUUUCCUGUGCCACCGAGCUUUUGCUGCUGAGCCCGGCAUGGAGCAGGUGGUGAUGCUGACUCUGGUGGGAAUGCAGGCUCUGAAGAGUGCUGGGGAGCUCCUCCAGCAGAUCCUGCUGCCCCCCCUCAGGGAUCAGCCUCAGAGUGCAGGACUCGAGCUGCUGGGCCUGAAGUGGCUGCCCCACCUCACUCGGUGCCAGGCCAGGGAGGUGACCCCUUUUGAGGCUGGGGACACUCACUGGCAGAGCAGCCUGGGCACGCUGACGUCCAGCCCCGUCCUGGUGUGCGCGCUCCGCGGCAUCGACGCCUUCCAGGCCCUGGGAGCUGAUGCAGCUGCUGUAGAAGCUCACUGUGCCUACCUGACCUCAGGCACUGCCCUCGUGCUGUGCCUGCAGAGGCCCAAUGCUGUGAAGAAGCUGAUGGAUCUCCUGGGACCAGAGGAUCCUCAGCUGGCCCAGGCACUGGAUCUACACCUCUGGAGGGCUCAGUAUGGCACCAGCACAGUCCAGAAUGGAUUUUAUGGCUCCAGAUCCUAUGCAAUGGCAGUGCAGGAUGUGAAGCUGUUUUUCCCAGAAGGGCUGUGCUGUGCGCAGGGUCAGCCAGUGCAGGAGCAAGAGAUCCAUAACCUGAAACACGACCCCAUCCUCAGCCUGGCAAUCAGGAAGCAGCACAAGAUCCUCACCCAUGAGCCAGGGAGACAUCCCAGUGUCCUGGGCUCUGAGCAGCCAGGCAGCCCUGCAGGCCAGGCCCUGCUGGAGCAGCUGUGGCCCAGCACGUGCCUGGUGCUGCCCGGGCUGAUCCUGCGGGGCUCGGAGCCGCCCCCGUACGUGGCGCUGCUGGAGGAGCUCCUGGGCAGAGGCUUCGUGGUGACUGCAGCUCGUCUGGCUGUGCUGGACUCAGCCCAGGCUCUCUGCAUCUCCCAGAUGCUCAGCAGGGCCAAGGGCAGCGUUGCAGCAAAGUGCUCCCUGCUGAAGGAUGGGCUGUGCCUGGUGCUGGCAGCACAGUGGGACAGCUCUGUCACCUCCCUGGACUCCCUGCUGGACAGUGCCUGCUGGCAGAACCAGUCAGUCCUGGACACUGCAGAGCAUCUCCUUUAUCCCCAGAAUGAGAAUCAGGCCCAGGAUCUGCUCUGCUGCUUUUUUGACCCCCUGACAUCAGAGAGCAUCCACCGAAUUGAGGCCCAGCCCUGCUAG